CUUUCAUAUCCUUUUCCAAGGUCGUUCAGCAUUGCCCUUGCCUGUCUCCUCUGGAACCUGUGUCUCUGUUCUUCACCCUUUACAAACUUAUUCCAAGGAUACCCACGGAUGCACAAUUGACACCGUUCUUUUUUUCCCCAGACAGGCAAACCCUUGCCUGUGCCGCGCUCGCUCAAUAUCUAUCCAUUCGCUGAUCUUCCCUUACCAGGACAUCUCAGCAGACUUUCACGUUACCACGGGGCGCGUGAAUAGACUUUUUGGUCAUUUGAUCAUUACCGUUGAUUUUGGACAGAGCACAGUCGAUCGCAGACCUGUGUUUUGAUUUGGGACGAAGAAGUAGAGGGAAAAAAGAGUGAGAGAGCGAGUAACCUCGAACCGAUACAUCCCGUUUCACAUCUGAGUCGCAGUCUCUCACUCCGACGACCGUUUCCACCUUCGAACCAACCGGAACACUUGCUCAGCUGCACCUGCAUUCUCAUCUGCGCAGGCACUUAUCCCAACAUUGCUUGCAUUGUAGGUGUCUUGCUUUUUGCUGCCCGCAACCAAAGAGGGUCCUGGAACCUUUUAAUGCGCCUGGUGCCCACAAGUUGAUCACAGGUGGACCUCUUUGGAAGAUCUGAUUUCCAGAUCGAGACCGCAGAUUCCACUCUGCUCCAGACCACUUGGUUGGAAACACAAAUACGUACGUACAGGAAGGAGUGCCUCGAGCCAUCUGUACGUGGUGCCAACUCGUAACAGGAGGCUUCUUGAACCUCUUUACCCACACGAAAACACAGUCUUAUUUUGAGACUUAGUAUCUAGGCUACAAUUCUCGCUUUUUGGAAUUAGGCCACCAUUUCCAUUGUCUGGCUUUUGCGAUUCACCCAAGGACAGAUCCAAUGAUUCCAGUCGCACGGUAGAGCCUGCAAUUGACACCCGCGCCAUUGUUGGUAUAGCUUUCAGCAUGCGCGGCUUUGCAGCGCCACUAGACUUGCGGAGGGACGCCUUGGGGCGCGUAGAAGAGGAAGAGCCAGAGCCGAUGAGCGCGUAUUCGGAGACGACAAACAUCAGCUGGGGCGAAUCUGUCUCAAGCGCGACGCUCGGAAGGACAACAUCACGAGGGCGCCCCCGAAGAACCGGCCACGUUAGACAGUCAUCGUCAAAAACUCAGCGUAGUGUUGAGACAAACCGGUCCAAUCUGCAGAUAUCGCCACCUUUGACGCCGAAGCGAGAGAUGGAAUCCGCAACGACGUUCCACAACUAUCUGCGUGCCUUCUACCAUUUCCAUCCUUCAUCCACAGUGUCAUCCUCGACAGACGAAUCUUCGAUAACAGUGCCCAUCAAUCAGGGGGACGUGAUUUUAGUGCAUUCAAUUCACCCGAACGGUUGGGCGGACGGUACGCUACUGGUGUCGGGGGCCAGAGGAUGGCUACCAACAAAUUACUGUGAGGCCUACGAUCCACAAUUCCUUCGUAACCUGCUUAAUGCAUUGACGCACCUGUGGAACUUGGUACGAAACGGAGAGAAUGAUAACCUGGAGGCGUUUACACGUCAGGACUACGUGCGAGGGAUGAUCGCAGGCGUGCGGUAUUUCUUGGAGCAAACGGACUGUCUUUCGAGAGACUCUCCGUUGAUUUUGAAUCACGUCGGGCUGCGCCGUUUGCGCAAGGGACUUUUAGGGGACUUGUCAUCACUUGUCAAGAUCGCCAAGGAGCUGCAAGCAAACCUACAACCAGAUGGGCUGACCACAUCAGUAUACGAGCUUCUUGACGAACUUGUGUUAAAAGCGUUCAAGGUCGUUAUCCGAGCAGUCAGAUUUCUGGACGUUUGGAGUCAGGAUGUCGCACCAGAGCAGGCUUCGGACACGAUCGACUUCGCGGACCCUAAUAAUAGAUUGCCGACGCCACCAGUCGAUACAUCAGAACAGGGUGAGCGAAGCGACAAUGUACAGCCACGAGAGCAUGCCUUGUCCCACGAAGAGGUCACAGGGGCUUCGGUCCAAGAUGCGGUGUCACCAGUGGAUCAGACACCCAAAGAAGAGCUGAUUGGGACAACGGAUACAUCACCACGUAGUCGUGCAUACCCGCUGCAGGCACAAAUUUCAGCAUCCUCCCCGACAUCAUCCACCACCAAUCUUGUCCCGCGACCACUGUCGCUUCAUUCAAAAAGACUCUCCGUGUCACAUCGAAUGUCCUACGGGGGCAGCGGAGCGUCUACAAGGCACAACCUUGCUUCCGUCCGACUCAACGAGGCACACGACUCAUUCCUUGGACUAUUAGCUACUUUUAUCGGGUCGCAUCUGCAGUCACGUUCGUCGCAAGAAUUAACUUCGACAACUCAGCAAGCUGUUGCAGCUUGCAGGCAGCUUCUUGCGAUCGUAGAAGAAGUAUGGGCGCGCGACGGUCAGCGAUCAGCACAACUAGCCGAUGCACGAGACAUCAUGUAUACUCGACUUGCGGAGCUCGUCCAGGCGACCAGAGACAUGUUCAGUCAGAUCAACGGAGAUGAACCACAUGUCCUCGACACGGACCGCAAUGCCCAACUGGUAUCGACAUCAACAAACUGUAUUCGCGCCGCUGGAGAGUGUGUCACUAAGGCUCGAAAUUGCAUCGAACGGAUUGGUGACUUUGAAUUUGAAUCUGUCGGUCUUGGAUUGAUGGAUGAUGUCUUCCAGACUCUCGAGCAAUUUCAAGUUCACCACGUCGAGACCACUGAGGUCAGACAUGUCCAUGUGCCAAGUCAAGAUGCCUCGCAAGGAGCGGAGAUGGACGUUAUUGCGAUGUACGCGCAGAAGCCACUUCCAGAGCCACCACAGCCAACGCCGUCCGCGCCAGGAGUGGACUCCGAGUCGAAACCUCUUCCGGAACCCCCGCAAUCUCCUACGCGAGAAGCACCUCUACCACCAGAACCACAAUCACCUGUUUGUCAGCAGAAUGAGCCUGUUCUCGCGGACAGCCCGCCUCCGCCAUCGAUACGCUCAUUACGUGCUUCGUCACCUCGACUUUCACAGCUGCAGGUCCCAUCGUCCCAGGUUCACGUCGACAUCAGCCCCAACAGUGCAACAUCAUCGUUCAACAGCCAAGAAGCACCAGCGUCCAGAUUUUACGGUCGUGCAACACGGGCAGAUAGUGUGAAUACUUCCGCAGCGGAUACCAGUAGCUCAUGGCGAAACAGCAGUCACAUCGGCAAUGGGAGUGAGGUAUCGCUUGCCUCUACGCGAGCAACCACUCCAGAUGGGUCUCCCGUCCAGCCUGCGGGCGAGUACCCUCAAAUGACGGGUAGUUUUGGCAGCAUGUCUGAGCUCCAGACCACGGUGAACGACGAGGCCGCUCUCGAAGAAGCCGUUCUCGAAAAAACAUAUGCGCAUGAACUGGUUUACAACAAGGAGGGCCAGAUCACUGGCGGUUCACUUCCGGCGUUGGUUGAAAAGCUCACGACACAUGACACAACACCAGAUGCAGUGUUCACCACGACAUUUUACCUGACCUUUCGCCUCUUCACCACCCCAUACGAAUUUGCGCGGUGUCUUAUCGACCGCUUCGAGUAUAUUGGCUCAAGCCCUGUCGCCGGUGUUCCAGUCAGACUGCGAGUGUACAACGUCUUCAAAGGAUGGCUCGAAAGCCACUGGCAAUGCGACACCGAUGCAGAGGCACUCGGCCUCAUCAAUGACUUUGCACGUGGCCCUUUGGUUGCAGCUCUGCCGGCUGCUGGCAAGCGAUUAGCUGAAUUGGCAGCACGUGUUGCAGACAUGCGCGAUGGUACUCUUGUGCCACGCAUGGUCUCCUCAUUGGGCAAGACGAGCACGUCUGUGACAGUUCACUCCAACGAAGUAGCUCCUGCGCCAUUGAUCACCAAGAGUCAGCUGGCUUUGUUACGAAAUCCAAAAUCGCAAUGCAGCAUCACCGACUUCGACCCGUUGGAGAUAGCACGCCAAAUGACACUGAUUGAGUCGAAGCUGUUUUGCUCCAUCCGCCCAGAGGAACUUCUCGGUCUCGAGUGGACGAAGAAGCACGACUCUCGCGCGGUCAACGUUCGCGCGAUGAGCACUCUCUCCACCGAUCUCACGAAUCUUGUCGCAGAUACCAUUCUUCAGCAUGAGGAGCCUAAAAAGCGUGCCCUCAUAAUCAAGCAGUGGGUCAAGAUCUGCGUCAAGUGUCUCGAGCUUGCAAACUACGACACUUUGAUGGCAAUUGUCUGCUCACUCAACAGCUCCAUGGUCCUUCGCCUAAAGAAGACUUGGGACCUCGUCAGCGCGAAAACCAAGGCGCGCCUUGACGAGCUAAAGACCAUUGUCGACGUCAGCAAGAACUAUGCAGUGCUUCGUCAGCGUCUGCAAAACCACGUGGCUCCUUGCAUCCCUUUCGUGGGCAUCUACCUGACGGACCUAACGUUCGUCGACGUAGGCAACCAGACCACCCGCCAGCUACCUGGUGCCGACGGUCCCGACGGGCAGGGCAAGUCUGUGAUUAACUUCGACAAGCAUACCAAGACGGCCAAAAUUAUCGGACAGCUCCAAGGCUUCCAAGUGCCGUAUAAGCUUCAACCUGUACCCGAAAUGCAAGAGUGGAUGGAAUCGCAAAUUCAGAGAGUGCGAAACUCUGAGCAGGCGAACGUGCAGACGUUCUACCGACGCUCGCUGUUGCUAGAGCCGAGGGAGACGAACCAGCAGUCGAUUACAGUGCCUGCAAUCCCUUCUGCCCCUGCAUCAGCGAUCAACACGGCACGCAAUAGCCCCGUUGAGGGCAGCAGUCAUGCUAGCAAAGAGAGCGUGAGCACACUUGCACCACAAGGCAAGUUUGACCUAUGGGGAUCGUUGCACUUGGGUAGCUCCAAGUCCUCCACCUGAGCACUAUCCCUCGCCUGCUUACACGGACAAGUGACGCGCAGCUCAUUUGACCGUUCUGGAACCAGCCCGCUACGCUAGACUAUCAGCGAGCGCAAUUCUCUUUUCACCCUCUGGUUUUUUUUUUCGAUGUUUCAACUGUUACGGCCUCUUUUCACGGACUCGACGAUGUGGCGUUUUUUAUUCACAUAUUAUGGGAUACAGGAGUAUCGGACCAAGUUUUCUUUGUGGGGAUACACUUUAUUUACGACAUACGGGGAAAUGUUGUUUUGGGCGGCAUGAAUUUUUUUUUAUAUAUUUUCUCAUCGGAGGGAGCUUUCUGGAUGGACCUCGGGGUUUGUUCUCUCUCCUCACAACAUUUUUUGAUGUAUUUCCCUUUUUCCUCACAUGUGUUUCUGCUGAAAAGAUACCUCCUGCAGUAAUCUUUCUUUUCUCUGUACGUCUUGUGGGCAUCAUAUGGGAUUUUCUUGUUUUGGAUAACACAUGGAUACACCUGGCUGUGAGGAUCAAAAAAAGGUUCUCGGCGUUGUCACUCGCUUUUUGGGGUUGCACUUUUGCCUUCAGUCUGUAGAACCUGAUAAGAAGGGGAACACCAAGGAAGGGCGUACGACCUAAAAAUUUGAGAAGGCUUGUCUCUACAACUUAUAUUGUGUGCAUUCCUUUCCUCUCGGAUCGAUGCGGCGGAAGAACGGGUUGAAAACCGCCGUUUCUAUGUGCAAACUUGGCGAAAGAGUCGGGACGGGAGAGAAUCAAAGAGACUCUAGAGCUUAGGAUAUCAAUUACAAAUGUCAAGUCGGGCUCACUUGACGUGCUGCU